GGAGACUUGGGCUGGAUGACCAGAGGCUCCAUGGUGGGACCUUUCCAGGAAGCAGCAUUCGCCUUGCCCGUGAGCAGCAUGGACAAGCCGGUGUAUACAGACCCUCCUGUCAAAACAAAGUUCGGGUACCACAUUAUCAUGGUGGAAGGCAGAAAAUAA